AGGUGAAAGGUCUUCUGGUUGUGGUGUAACACAAACAGGGGCUGCAAGAAGCGGAGGGUUUUGCCAGAAGAAUGAUGAAUGUACAUAGAUUUAUUGUCUUGUCUAGAAGUUUUGGAGUCGGAAAGCGGCUUCUGGCGGGUCGUGUGAGGCAUGUCGGGAGAGAAGCGACCCUUCUUCAGCUGCGGAAGUCUUUUAAAACUCACUCCAGAAACCUCGCGUUUGCCAAGGAUUUGUUCCUCGGUCAGGUGAACAAGGCUGAGGUCUUCCCUUAUCCAGAAAUUGGAAAUGAAGAGUUGGAGGAGAUUAACCAGCUUGUUGCCCCGGUGGAAAGAUUCUUCAGUGAGGACGUUGAUUCAGCAAAGAUUGACAGAGACGCCAAAAUCCCUCCAGAGACUCUCAAUGGACUGAAGGAGCUGGGCUUGUUUGGAAUCAUGGUUCCUGAGGAGUACGGGGGUCUCGGACUGUCCAACACGAUGUAUGCCCGACUGGCUGAGAUCAUCUCACUAGACGGCUCUAUUGCUGUGACGCUGGCUGCACAUCAAGCCAUUGGGCUGAAGGGGAUUCUGAUUGCAGGGAAUGAAGCCCAGAAGCAGAAGUAUCUGCCAAAGCUGUCCUCUGGAGAACACAUCGCAGCGUUCUGUCUGACAGAGCCUGGAAGUGGAAGUGAUGCAGCUUCCAUUCAGACCCGUGCGACCCUGUCUGAAGAUGGAAAGCAUUACCUGCUUAACGGCUCCAAGAUUUGGAUCUCAAACGGGGGGAUGGCAGAUAUUAUGACAGUGUUUGCAAGGACUGAGGUGGACGUAGACGGUGAGAAGAAAGACAAGAUUUCUGCUUUUAUUGUGGAGAGGGCUUUUGGAGGCGUCACCAGCGGCAAGCCUGAGGACAAACUGGGCAUCAGGGGUUCCAAUACUUGUGAGGUGUCCUUUGACAAUGUCCCAGUGCCAUUGGAGAAUGUAAUAGGAGAAGUAGGAGGUGGAUUUAAGAUUGCCAUGAACAUCCUGAACUCAGGGAGGUUCAGUAUGGGCAGCUCUUCUGCUGGAAUGAUCAAAAAGCUAAUAGAAUUGACCUCUGAGUACGCUGCAAGCAGGAAGCAGUUUAAUAAAAGCUUAAGUGAAUUCGGAAUGAUUCAGGAGAAGUUUGCGAUGAUGGCCCUGAACGCCUUCGUGAUGGAGAGCAUGGCGUACCUGACAGCAGGGAUGAUGGACAAACCGGGGCUCCCAGAUUGUUCUCUAGAGGCCGCCAUGGUCAAGGUGUUCAGCUCAGAAGGAGGCUGGAUUUGUGUCAGCGAAGCUCUUCAGGUGCUCGGAGGUCUCGGUUAUACCAAGAACUAUCCCUUCGAGCGCUACGUCAGGGACUGUCGCAUUCUGCCAAUCUUUGAGGGAACCAAUGAAAUCCUGCGGAUGUACAUCGCUCUCACUGGGAUGCAGUAUGCUGGCAAAGUCCUCACAGGGAAAAUAAAGGAGAUGAAGAAAGGGAAUAUAGUGAUGGCUAUGGGCAUGGUCGGCAAGAAACUGAGGACGUCACUCGGAGGUUCAGUGGACCUCGGUCUGACGGGGAAAGACGGAGUCGUGCACCCGAGCUUGGCAGACAGUGCAAAGAAGUUGGAGCAGAAUGUGAGCCUUUUUGGAUCGACUGUGGAGAGCCUGCUGUACAGAUACGGAAAGACCAUAGUGGAUGAACAGCUCAUCCUGAAGAGAGUAGCAGACGUGCUGAUCCACCUCUACGCCAUGACAGCCGUCCUUUCUAGAGCCAGUCGCUCCAUCAGCAUCGGCCUCAGGAAUCAUGACCACGAGGUGCUGCUUGCAAACACAUUCUGCAGCGAAGCUUUCUUCAAGAACAAUUACUGGAUGGUUCAGUUGCAAAAACACUCUCCGGAGAACAACGAUGCCAACAUCAAGAAGAUCGCCAAGGAGGUCCUGGAGAACAGAGCCUACAUCUGCUCUCACCCUCUUGAAAGAACAUACUGAGCUUUCCCCCUGUGAUCGUAAUACUGUGUCUACUGUAUUCACAUUGGACAACGUGCGCAGAGUCCCAGUUAUUGCUCUGUUUGGCAUUAUUUCUCCAUUAAAUUAAUACAUUCAGAGAUUUAUGUUAAUAGUUAUAUUGUAUUAACUGUAUUCUUCAGAGAGGACACCUGAAAUCACUGGAUAGCAGGCUUCUCCUCUGAUGAAACCACAUGCAGUUCUAUCCCAAGUGCUCUAUUAACUGUAUGCACUGAGAUGCAAUGAACUAUUGCACAGAUACUCAAUUUAAUGAGCUUAUUUGAUGAAGAAGGUACACUUUUUGUGGGUUCUAGCUGCUGCAGUAUUCCUGGAAAGCUGCAGAGCUGAUGUUUGUGUCUUCAUGUUACAUGCAGACCUUUGGAAAGCAAACCAACUCCUUGUAUGUCAGAAACAAGGCAGUUUGCUUGUACAGGAAAGAAUGCCGCUUUCUAACUACUAUUGACCACAGGAACCUUUUUAGUGUUUUCUCUAGUAUCUAUUGAGUGUUGACAUUUUCAAAAUAAAAGCUGUAAAUUGAA